UUUUGAUAAAAUAAUAAAAUAUUGAUUUUAGUCUUAAGGUUAGGCUGAUUGCAAGAGGUGCAAAAAUGUAAUUUCACACUAAAUUUCUCCUUCCCCAUCUCUCUCACUUUCUCUCUCAUAUAUAUUUUCAAGCUUUCUCUCUCAUCGCCAAUACGCCCCACCCCUUCCACCUACUCAAACCCCUUCCACCACCGCCUCCGCCUCCGCCUCCGCCAGCCGCUUAAUUUCUCUUCUCUCUACUCAUUUGGAAAACAAAAUUAAUUAAAUAAAUUGAUCUCUUCCCAGCUCGCCCCUCCAAACCCCGGUGAACUGUAAACCAAUUUUUUUAUUGACCAUUUCACCCUCGAUGAUUUUAUACAUUUCUACCUGUAAUUUUUUCUUGUAGCUUUUUUUCCUCAUUUUGUAGUGCUCGAUCACUAACUUAUUCUCUCAGUUCGCGAGGAUCUGAGGUUCAUACCAAUAAUGAAGAGGACAACUUACUACAAUGCAAUAGUACCUUCAGUGCAAGAUCCAUGGCCUAUAAAAAAAGCGCUCACGCUUUCCGAUGUUGACAUCACACAUCCAUUCCUAACGUUAUCUCGUCAGCAAGUCGAAACCUACAUAGUCGUGUACAUGACACCUCAGCAGCAGGAGCACUUGAGAGCUGAAGGGCAGGUUGGUCUUAACGCGCAAGAUGACGACACGGGCGAUAUGUACGUAAUGAAACUAAAAUGGCGAGGGAGUUAUUACAACCUCAUCGGAAAAUGGGGGAAAGUUGUCCGAGGCAAAGGUCUCUACGUAGGUCAAGAAAUCAAACUCCGCUGGUUCAAUGGCUGCCUCCACUUCUCUGUCCCGCAGCAGCAGAUUGUUACGGUGGUCCAGCAGGUGCCACCUGUCAGAAUGGUGGCGGCUUCCUUAGUGCACGAUCACUGGCCAAUCAGAAAGGUUCUAACAUCGUCCGAUGUCGACCCUAACCACCCUUUUCUCCCUCUGCCUCGUAAAUUAGUGGAGGAGAAUAUUCUUAUCCAUUGGGUCCCACAAGAAAGGGAGAGACUGAGAAAAGAAGAGCAGGUCUCUGUGAAUGCUAGGGAUUACGACACGGGCGAUACGCACGAAAUGAAAUUGAAGUGGCGCGGAAAUUAUUAUAAUUUAAUCGGGAAAUGGGGGAAUAUAAUUAGGCUUAAAGGGCUAGGUGUGGGGCAAGAGAUAAGAAUACGCUGGUCGAAUAAUUGCUUGUACUUUUCUGUACCGGAGGAGCGUUAUGUGGCGACUGCAUCGGGGGGGCAUGAUAAUUGGCCGGUCAAGAAAGCUUUGACUUUAUCCGAUGUGGAUACGAAUCACCCGUUUCUAACUUUGCCCGGUAAAGCGGUGGAGGAUCAUAUUCUGUUCUAUUGGACACAACAAGCGCGUGAGCAGCUGAGGAACGAGAGGCAGGUUGGUAUAAAUGCGCGAGAUAAUGAUACGGGGGAGUUGUAUGUAAUGAAGCUGAGGUGGCGCGGGAGUUAUUACAAUCUUAUCGGGAAAUGGGGUAAGAUUAUUAGAGAGAAGAGGUUGCAGAUCGGGAGGGAGAUUAGAGUGAGAUGGGAUAACGGAUGCUUGAUAUUUUCGGUUCCUCAGUGACGUGAUUUGGUGGCGGGGGUCCGUUUUGGUGUAGAUAUACGGGGUGGAGAGGUUUUUUCGCCCCUUCUAAUUUAUGAUUUUUAUUAUAUUAUAUUUAUUCAUCGAAGAAUGAAUUCUCUCGAAAGAUCCAAGAGGGCAUCAAAUUUCGUGGUGAAAACGAGGUUUUUGGUUAUUGGCAGAAAGGUGUUGGGAUGUUGAUUAAAGAAAGAAAAUCAUGUUUUAAUCUGGUGCAGUGUAUGGUCACUGUAUUUUACUAUUUUAACUUUUUUUUUUUUUUGUAAUAUGUAUAUUAGAUCUUCUUUUGUUUGUGAAAUGCAGUCCAAAUUCUAUUUGUACUUUUACAUAAUUAUUAUAUGAGAAGUAAAGUCAGCUUAUUGAAA